AUGACAAAGACUGUAUUGAUGAGGUGCUACCUGCUUUGUUUACAAACUCUUGCACUGUGUUGUGCUUGUGGGUUAGUAUGGGCUGAUAAUCCCAAAGCUUCUGAUGCCUUUAUUAAACCUUCCACUGUUGGUGUUCCUUCUCUUGUUCGUCGUGCCGUCACUGCGCUUUUUUUCACUCCUUUCUGUGGAUAUGAAGAAGAAGUAAAAACAAAAUGGGGGGAGUUCGAGGAGGAGGAGGAGAAAAAGGGUCAGGAGGCUCCUGGUAAUUCAGAUUCUUUGGGUGGA